AUGUCCUCCUCCUUCGCAGAAACCGUCGGCCGGAAUCUCUUCGCGCAACAUAUCGCGCAGUAUACCCCCGCCGACCCGUACUACGAGAAGUACAUAGACAAGCACGGGAAGGAGCGCAGGCGGAAGAGAGAGUUGCCCCCGGGACUGUCAUCGCACGAUGAGAAGAUCUUGCGCACUGUAAAGAGGCGGGCGCAUCACCUCGACAAGGGCUUCAAUAUCUGCGGGAUGCGUUUCGGAUGGACGUUCGUCAUCGGCAUCAUACCCGGAGCGGGCGACAUCGCCGACGCCACGCUGAACUACGUCCUCGUUGUGCGGCAAGCGCGGCAAGCAGACAUACCCAACUGGCUCCUCCGCCGCAUGCUUCUCAACAACGCCGUCUCUGCUGCUAUCGGCUUCGUGCCAGUCGUGGGCGACAUCGUGCUCGCGGUGUUUAAGGCAAACUCGCGCAACGCAGCACUCCUAGAGGAGUACCUCCGCAUACGCGGCGAGGAGGCGCUUAAGUUUGAGCAGCAGCGCGCUGAGGCGCACGCAGCGGCUAAGGGGCUCGCUGAGCUCCCCCCGGCGAAGAUGAAAAGCAGCCGCUGGUUCGGCUGGGGGAAGGGAAGAAGCCAGGAGCAGGUCAGUGGCACGACCCCCAACGCUGGCACACCGUCGUCGACGACGGAGAGGGGACGAUUCGUGGAGGACGUGCCUGCGCCAGAGACGCCUCGAUAUCUAGAAGACACGGACAAUGCUGCACGGCUCUGUUGA